AUGGCCACGGAGCCUUUAGAAGUGCAGCCUCCCCGCUUUAUCGGCGGCCGCGCUAAUGGUUAUCUCGCAGCCGUGCCCCCGGCGAUCCUGUGUGAGGGGCCGGAGUCAGGCAGGGGCCGAGGCAGAGACAGGGACAGAAACCCGAGGCAGAGACCGAGAAACCGACAAACCCAGGCGUGCGAGGAGACAGGAGGCUGGAGAGAGACAGCAGGACAGACUGAAGUACAGAAAGACAGACUCGGAGCAGGCAACCGGGGACCCACGGAAUGGCAGCGGGGAGCGACGUGGGGAGGAAUGGCCCAAAACAGAGCCCUAUCCAGGACCUUGACUCUCUUCUUCCGGUCUUCCAACCUCCUCUUCCCCAACUCCCUGUCCAGGAAGCUCGUCCAGCGUCAGAGGGCCCUCGACUGCCGGAUGCAGGGGUUCCAAGGAUCGGAGCUGUGGGGACCCUCGAUGGUGGGAUGGGGGAGGAUGGGGAUCAGAUCCUUGGCCCUACCCCAGGCCCGGGGAGGAGGGGAGAGAAGGCUGGGGAGGAGGAAGAAGAACAGGGGGAUGAUAAGGAGGGAAGAGGAAGGUUGGAGGGUGAGGAAGAGGAGUGGGGGGAGGAGGGUGAAGGGAGGAAGGCGAGAAGGAGGACGAUGGGGAGGAAGGCUGCUGGCUGCGGCGGCGGCCGGUGA